AUAUCCUCUCCUUGUUCUCUCAACCUUUACGGCCUUCCUUCCUUUCCCUUGCUUGCAGCAUAUCCAUCCAUAAUGAUUUUCAUCGUGGAACAACUCAUGCUCUUCAUUUCUACUGCCCUCAGUUACCUUUCUACACUUUUCUCCCCUCAUCCUCGCCAAUGCCAUGACCUUACUCUCAUCAUCCACCAGACCAACGCCCCACCCAACCAGGUCUACGAAGCGGCCCAACUCUACCUCCCCACCAUUGACUUGAUCAAUCCCUCCACCCGAACCAUCCAAGUCAGCAAAACGCCUCGCCAAGAAACCGUCAAGCUUGCCAUCAACAGCGGUGAGCAGAUCGCCGACACCUUUGAGGACAUUAACCUCAACUGGCUCUACGUGGUCCAAACAUUCCCGAGCGGCCAGGUAACACGUCACUUCGAGCUAAACUUCCACAAGAAACACAAGGACAAAGUCCUGACCUCCUACUUGCGCCAUGUGGUUACUCGGGCUGAAGCCAUUAAAAAAGAGGAAAAGAUGCUCAAACUUCGCAGCGUUAACUCACCAUCACGAGUGGAUCUGGAGCACCCAGCCACGUUCGAGACGAUCGCCAUGGAGCCCGACCAGAAGACAAAGAUUGUCAAGGACUUGGACAGAUUUGUGAGGAGGAGGGAGUUUUAUAAGAAGGUGGGGAAGGCCUGGAAAAGAGGCUACUUGUUGUAUGGCCCUCCUGGCACUGGCAAGUCGAGCUUGAUUGCAGCCAUGGCUAAUCAUCUCAAGUUUGACGUGUAUGAAUUGGAGCUCGACGGUAUUUGCAGUGACUCUCAGUUGAAGAGAGUGUUGCUGUCCACUAAAAAUCGUUCUAUUUUGGUGAUUGAGGAUAUUGAUUGCACCGUCCGCGACAUGCAAAACCGGAAAUCGGAGCAGCCCACGUUCACACUCUCAGGCCUGCUAAACUUCAUGGAUGGUCUGUGGUCAAGCUGCGGUGACGAGAGAAUUAUUGUGUUCACAACAAAUCACAAGGAUCGGCUUGAGCCUGCACUGUUGCGUCCUGGUCGAAUGGACGUCCACAUUCACAUGUCCUAUUGCACUCCACAUGCGUUUAAGGUCUUGGCCUCCAACUACCUUGGCAUUCAAGACUUGAAUCAUCAUGGCCUUUACGGAGAAAUCGCAGGCUUGCUAGAGAGCACAGAGGUCACCCCUGCUGAGGUCUGUGAGCAACUGUUGAAGAGAGAUGAUGAUGUUGACGACGAUGAUGCUGAUGCUGCUCUUGCUGGACUUGUCAACUUUCUCAAACUCAAGAAGCUUGAAGAGACUAAUAAUAUUGAUAAACCAGAAACUCAAGAAGGAUCUCAAUAUCCCCCAACAAGAACAUCUCCUUCUUCUUCUUCUUCUUCUCAACCUCUGCCUUGCUUACCCUGCAUCUAUCCAUCCGCCAUGAAUUUCAUCGUGGAGCAACUCAUGCUUUUCAUUUCCACUGCCCUCAAUUACCUUGCUACCCUUUUCUUCCCUCGCCAUUAUCACCAUGACCUUACUUUCAUCAUCCGCCAGAACAACACGCCACCCAACCAAGUCUACGACGCCGCCGAGCUGUACCUCCCAUCUAUUGAGUUGAUCAAUCCCUCCACUCGUACUAUCAGCGUCAGCAAAACACAGCGGCAAGAAGCUGUCAAGCUUGCCAUGGAAAGCGGUGAACAAGUCGCCGACGCCUUUGAGGGCAUUAACCUCAAGUGGCAUUACGUGGUCAAAAACCUCCCGAACUGCUGUAUAGAACGUCGCUUUGAGCUGACGUUUCAAAAGGAACACAAAGACAAAGUCAUGACCUCCUACUUGGCCUAUGUUGUUCGUCGCGCCGAAGCCAUUAAACAAGAUAGCAAGAUUAUCAACCUCAGCAACGUUUACUCAAACAACGAAGUCGAGUUCGAGCACCCGGGUACUUUCGAGACCAUCGCCAUGGAGCCCAGCCUAAAGCAAAAGAUUAUAAAGGAUUUGGAGAGGUUUGUGAGCAGGAGGGAGUUUUAUAAGAAGGUGGGCAAGGCUUGGAAAAGAGGCUACUUGUUGUACGGCCCUCCUGGCACUGGAAAAUCCAGCUUGAUUGCGGCCAUGGCUAAUUAUCUCAAGUUUGAUGUGUUUGAAUUGGAGCUUGAUAGUAUUGACAGUGACAGUGAGUUGAAGAGCGCGUUGCUGUACACUACAAAUCGUUCCAUUUUGGUGAUUGAGGAUAUUGAUUGCUCCGUCAAUGAUGAGGAACGCAGGUACACACUCUCGGGCCUACUGAACUUCAUGGAUGGUCUGUGGUCAAGUUGUGGUGAUGAAAGAAUUAUUGUGUUCACAACAAACCACAAGGAUCGGCUUGAGCCUGCAUUGCUUCGUCCUGGUCGAAUGGACGUCCACAUUCACAUGUCCUACUGCACUCCGCAUGCGUUUAAGGUUUUGGCCUCCAACUACCUUGGUGUUGAGGACUUGGACCGUCAUCCCCUUUAUGGAGAAAUCGCGGGGUUGCUAGAGAGCACAGAGGUCGCCCCUGCUGAGGUUUGUGAGGAGCUAUUGGAGAGAGAUGAUGAUGUUGAUGCUGCUCUUGAAGGAGUUGUCAAAUUUCUCAAACUCAAGAAGCUUGAAGGGGAUAAUAAUAAUAAUAUUGAUAAACCAGAAUUACAAGAAGGAAAAAGGAAAGAUAUGGAUGUCAAUGUCAAUGAUGACGACAGUGAGAGCUCAAGCACCUAAAAUAAUCGACCAUAGCUAUAGCUAUCUAGGCAGUAAAAUAAGUUUGCGUCUUCCGAUGGCCUAGCUAGUCCCUUUUUUUUUUUUUUUAUGAACUGGGGGGUUAAAACCCCAAGACGCACAACAACUACUUACUGCAGACUAGCCGAGUCCUAGUGACUCCAAGCAGAUCAUCAACAAGACUAGCAUCAAUCCAGCUUGGAGCCACAUCAAGAAGACAAACACCCAAGUCCAGAUUGUAGCUCCACUGAGCAAUAUUGUCAGCCUAGCUAGUCCCUUUGGCUUUAACUACUUUUGUAUUUGGUUUUGUUUGGUGUAAUGUUUCUCCUUUCUAUUUGGCUAUCCUUGCGGGGUGCUAUGCUAUCCUUGUUAUGGUUAAUAUAUGUGAUAGUCACUUAAACUUUUUGCUAGUUUAAUGCUAUGACAUUGGAUGUCAGUCAAAACACAUGGACAUU